AUGCUUGGUCAUUCUACAAAAGAUCCAUUUCGUGAAUAUUCCAAAAGGCUCAUGAAAAAGAAAAAAAAACCUGAACAAGUCAGAAAAUAUGAACAAUUCAGGAAAAAAAAGAAAAAAAAAAAAUAUAUACACAACAUAACAAAUGUUUUUAUAGAACCACAUAAAUUGUUAGAGAAAUUUAAAUGGAUCAUGAAGAAAAAGUGGUUCUUUGUUUUAUCUAAUAAUGUAGAUAAAAAGAAUGAAGAAAUGUUGAGAAAUUCAAAAAAUGAAAUAAAAUUUAUAUACGAAAACUUUCUAGAAAAUGAGGAUGAAAUAAUAAGUAAAUGUAGUAAUAAAUUUUUAGAUACAUGCAACCAUGGACAAAUAAAACCAUGCUCUUUAAAAAAAUGUUAUAAUAAGGAUGAUGUAAAGGUAAAUUGCUUAAAUGAUAUGGAAACUCAAUUAAAGUUAAAAGUGUUGAACCAAAAUGUAGAAGAUAAUGAAAAUAUAGAAAAUAAAAAACUUAUGGACGAAUCAAAAAUAGAAAUAUUAAAAAAUAUGUCUUAUAAAGAAAAUAAUAUAUCUUCAAGUAUAAAAAAAAAAGAGAAUGAUUACGGUGCAACAAAUGAAACUUAUGAAAAUUUUUUAGUAAAAAAUAAUUAUAUGAGACAAAAUAAAAAUGUUCAUAUGAAAUGGAUAAGAGAAAAAAAAGAAGAAGAAUCUUCUGAAAAAAUAAAUUAUAUGAAAUCAAAUAAUUUUGUUUUCAAUAAUAAUAAGAUAAAAAUAAAUUUUGACAAAACAAAAGUUAAGUUUGUACAUUUAAAAAGUCCAACCAUAAAAUUAGUAAAUGCACAUAAACAAAAAAAUAUAAAAGAAAAUAUAUACUUAAAGAAUAUUUAUGAUUUGAAAAAUGAAAAGACAAAAAAUAUAUUCACAAAUUUUAUAAGAAAAGAAAAUAGAAAUGAAGAGAUAAAAGAACAUGAACCAAAUAAUUUUAAGAAGAAGAUGUUAAAUAAUACUAUUAAAAGGAAAAUUAUAUUUUCAAAUAUUUAUAAAAAUUAUUUGAUACAUAAAUAUAAAUCUAGCAAUGAAUUUUUAAAUAAAAAUAGAUUUAAUUCGAAAGGAUUUAUUAUGAACCAAUUUCUUAAUAUAAAUUCGUUCACAGAAAAGGAUACAAAUACAGAUAAACUAAAAUUACAAAAAAAUGAGAAUACAAAUAAUAUAAUAGAUAGUAAAAAUAUUAGAAAUAUAAAUACAUCUAAUAGUAAUAGUAAUAGUAAUAUGAACAAUGUAAUAAAGAAAAAUAUAUUUCAUUCGAAUGAAUAUAAUAGAAAUGUUAUAAAUACAAAUAUUUGUAAUAGAAAAAAGCUGAAAACAACAUAUUUAAAUUUUUUACCUAAAGAAAAGAAAGGAUAUUUGAAUUUUUUUUUACAUGAUAUAUAUCAUCUUGAUAGGACAUUUAAAUUAAGAAAAAAAAAUAAAAUAUUUAGAAAAGAUAGAAUAGUAAAAUUAUUUGUAGAUAAUGAUAAUGUAUAUAUUAAAGAUUUUAAAAUAUAUCAAAAUGAAGAAAGAUAUAAAAAUGUUUUAUCAAAUAUAAAGAAUAUACAAAUAAUGAAAAGAGAUAUAUUAAGUUUGCCAGAUAAUCCAUUACAUUUAUAUGAACUUGAAAAUUAUAAAUGUAAAACAAACACAAGUAUAUAUAUACCAGCUCUAAAAAUAGAAAAUGAAGAUAUGAAUCUUUUUAAAUACAAAAAUACAUGGUAUGAACUCUUUUUUUAUAAUAAUCAAAAUAAUAAAGAUACUUUAUAUAAUUAUCAAAUAAUGCGUCUAAAUUUUGAAUUGAUGGUUUCUAAAAUAAAAGACAUUGUUAUUAUUGAUAAGAAUACUCAACAUUUUAAUUAUCCAUAUAUUUAUAAUGCAUAUUUAGUACCACCUAUAGAUGUACACCAACUAGAUAAUUCUUUAAGAAUACAAAAAAUAACUAGCGAUAGUACUUUUAUAAAUAAUGGUAACUGGACAUUUUUUAGAAAAAAAAAAAAAAGAAAUAGUUAUGAUAUAAAUAUGAGAAGAAAUAAAUAUUAUAUAGAUAAUUGUUCUGCUAUCAAAGCUGUUAAGAAAAAUUUCCAUCUACAUUUAAAAAGUGAUAUAGAUUUUACCUAUAAAUUAAAAGAAAACGAAAAGAAAUAUAAUCAUAAUAAUGAUAAUAAGGUAUGUACCAAUAAAAGUGACACAUUAACUAUUGAUAAAAAAAAUAAACAAAAUGAUGAUAAUUAUAUGAACUUCUUUGAAAAUAAAAAUGAAAAUAUAUCAAAUGAAUGUAUAUCAAAUCAAAAUAUAUUAAAUGAAAAAGCAAAUGUUGUUAAUAUAUAUAAUAAUAUAACACAUAAAUCAAAUGAACUUUAUAAAAAUACAGUUUCCAUAAAAUUAAUACCAAAUUAUAUAUUUGAAUCAAGUGUAGAUAAAAAGAACCCACAUGAAAUAUUAGACAAUAAAAAUGAUGUUUCUAUAUUUUAUAAACAAAAUAAAAAUAUUUCUUUUUAUGAUGAUAUUAUAUAUGAUUGUUCAUCUAUAUAUAUGACAUUUAGUAAUAGUAAAUUAGAGCCCGUUUAUCCUUAUAUUAGUAAUAACCUUUUUUUUCUUUUUCAAUAUUAUUAUAAUUAUUUAAUAAAUAUAAUUAAGCAGGUUAAGAUAAAUAAAAUAAAAUACAAAUCUAUUUUAUCAAAAGGGAAAUAUUUAUCCUAUGGUAAUAAACAUGUUGAAACAAAUAAAUAUAUGGAAAAUCAUAAAAACCUUUUUUAUAAUAAUAAAAAUAAAAUUCUGAAAAAUAUAAAAGAGGGUAGAGUAAAUAAAUUCAUGUAUAUAAAAAGAAAUCGUGCUUUAACAUAUAAUAUGUAUAAACAUAAACUUAUAGAAAAUACAAGUUAUUUAACUAGGAAUAAAAACAGCAUUCUUAAAAUACCUAAGAAAACCCAAAUACAUAAUUUUAAAAUAAGGAAUUUCUUAAAUUGUAAACUGUAUAAUUCUAUUUUUGAUACAAUAAGAGAAAAAAAUAGAAGCAAAAUAAAAAAGGAGCUGUCUAAAGAAGAAGUAGAUGUACCAAUUUUUUUAUGGGUUAUUUUUGGAGGAAAAGAUAUGAAGUCAAUGGAUUCUUUAAAUAUUGUCUAUAAAGUAUUGAGAUAUGCAACUGAAAUCCCUCCAGAUGAAUAUCAAAAAUAUAUAAGAAGAUUAAAAAGAGUUCAAAUAAAUAAAAGUGAAAAUGGGAAAGUACAAAAAGAUUUUCCUAUUAAUAAUAAGUUCGAGAAAGUAAAACAAGAAAAGGAAAGAAUCAAAUAUAAAUAUGAACAUAAAAAUUUAAUAAAACCAAAUGUAAUAAAUAAAUAUAUAACAAAUAAAAAUGAAACAUAUUAUGCUUCUCAAAAAUUUCAUGAGUUACCAAAAGAACUAUUUUAUGAUUCCAAUUUAUAUAAUACAUCUAUAGAAAUUUACAAAAGAAUUUUAGAAUAUUAUGAUAAUUAUAAAGAAAAAUAUAAAGAAUAUGGACCAAAUAAUUAUGAUGAAUUUCUUCAAUAUUAUAAGAAUAUAAGAAAAAAUAAUUACUAUGAUAAUAUGUAUAUUCAUACACCUAAUGUUAGGACACACAUACAUAAUAGGAGGAGAACACUUAAUGAAUUCGAUGAAGAAAAAAAUAAGAAAAAAUCUUUUAAAAAAUACAGCAGAUGUGUCAAAUUUGCACAGGUCAAUUCAAACAAUAAAAAUAAUUAUGUAGAUAAUACAUUAAAAAUAAGUGAAAGCACAAGUUUUAUUAACAAAGAAAAGGGUAUGUUUGAAGAAUUAAAUGAACAAAAUAUAUGUCAAAAUGUAUGUCAAAAUGUAUGUCAAAAUGUAUGUCAAGAAAAAAAUGAGGGAGAGAAUGAAGACACAUGUGAUGAGACACAUGAAGGGACUAAUAACCAAAAAGAUCAAGAAACACAUAAAAAGAUUUAUAACAAAAUAUAUGAUGAAACAUACAAUAUAUUUAGUGCACAAAAAAAUAAAGUAGACUCAGAAUGGUACGGUUUAUACAUGGAAACAAGUGAUAGUGAAAAUAGCGAUGUAAACAAAGAUGAUGAACUUUUCAAUUUUAUAUCUUAUCAUAUGCAGGGGAGAAAUCCCUCUUUUGAAAAAAAAAAUAAAAAAAAUAAAAACUGGAAUAAGGAAAAAUUAAAUUAUACAGAUAUAUAUGGUCCAGUUAUUUAUAAAAAGAAAAAGAAAAAUCAAAAUGCUCAAUAUGCAUUUUUAUUGUUAGAUUAUCCUGCAUAUAAUAAUAGUAUAGGUCAUCCAUCUCCUUUAACAUUCAAAACGAGUGCUAUAUCAGCUUUAAAAGUUGCCAUAAAAGAAAUUAAGGAAAAGAAUAAAAAAAAUAAUAAUAUAUCAAUAAAUAUAUUUGGUUAUUCUUUAGGUUGUUGUGUUACCUUACAAUUAGUUUUAGAUAUUGCUAAAAGUUUGUAUAACGAUUUUUUUGAAGAUAUUAAUAAGGUGUGUUAUGAAGGAAAAGAAAUCGAGCCAAUUAAAGAGAUAAAGAGUGAAGGUAAUUUAUAUGUAAAAUUAAAUCAUAAUAAUAACAAUAAUGAUGAAAAAAUAAAUGAAUAUGUAUAUGAUGAAAAGAAAAUAUUGACAUUUCAAGAUAUAUUAGGUGAUCAGAUAAAUUGUUCAUCUUCUAGUAUUAUGAAAGAAUAUAUCUUAAAUCGUAAAACAUAUAAUAAUAAUAAUAAUAAUAAUAACAUAAAUGAACAGGAUAAAAAGGGAGAUGAUUUUUCUGAUAAUAUUUUAUGUCCUAUAAAGGCUAAUGAUUAUUCUGAUAAAAAUAUAAUUACAAAAAAAAAUACAGAUGAAAAUUAUAUAAAUUUUGAUAAUAUAAAAGAAAGGAAUUACCAUAUGGAUAAAAACAUUACAAUAAAUGAAUUAUUAAAUAAAGUAAGAGAAAGAAAGAAAAGAAAAGAAGAAAUAUUAAAAGAAUAUUUAAAAAUUACUGUUGACAAAGUUAUAUUGAUUGCUCCAUUUACUAAUACACAACAACUAGUAAAAAGUGUUGUUAAUAAUAGUGUCCUAUUUUUAUUAAGCUCCUUUAUUAUGAACAAAAAAUGUUCUUAUGUUCAUUGGGAUAAUAUGAUUGUAUUAAAAGAAUUGUUUAAAAUAAUUAAUGAUUUUAAAAAGAAUAAAUAUUUAAAUGAUAUCUUUUAUAAUUUACAAAUUGAUUUUAUACAUGGACAAAAAGAUACUCUUGUAAAUUAUGAAAUGAGUAUGAAAUUAUAUCAUUUAACAAAUAAACUCAUUUUUAAAUAUUCUUUAAAUAAUAUCAAAGCUUUUUUACAUAUAUUCAAAGAUGAUUGUCAUUCUUCCGUUUUUAAUUCUGAAGCAGAAAAUAAAAUCUUACAAAUCAUGUUUAAACCAUUGAAAUUACAUCCUUUCAGUACAAUCAACGUACAUAAAAUACAUUAUAAUCUUUACAAGGAUAUUUAUUUGUUAAAGACAACCUAUUUAAGAUUUAUAGCUAGCGCUAGCUCAAAAAUUAUAAAUAGCUAG